AUGGCACACGAUCCCCAGGAUCGGCAGCACGACAACCUCGUCAGCGCUUCCCUCCUGCGGAAGAUCGAUAAACUCCGCGAUAAGAACAUCGGCAAGCAUGUCCCGCUACCUCAGCUCGUCGUCGUGGGCGACCAGAGCUCGGGCAAGUCGUCACUCCUGGAGAGUUUGACGGGCAUCCCUUUCCCGCGAGACGUAGAGCUAUGCACGCGCUAUGCGACCCAAAUCACCCAGCGGCGCGAUGAUGUCUCCCGCGUUGAGGUCAGCAUCAUCCCGGGCCCGAAUGCCUCGGACGCGCACAAGAGGCAGGUGGAGGGAUAUCGCACGGAUGCGCUCUCUCCUGACGACUUCCGGCGGAGGUUCCCGGGCAUCUUGCAUGAGGUAAAUGCUAGGAUGGGUAUCCGAAUGAGGCCCAGCUCCGAUUCCGGCUAUACGUCCGAUGAACACUCGGAAGGCUACACGUCCGAUGACGGUUUCGGCCGACGAGCGCUAGUCACGACGCACACAGCUCCGCAGGUCGGCAGCGUUUUCAGCGAAGACGUACUCAAGAUCGAGAUCUGCGGCCCGUCGGUCGACUACCUGACCGUGAUCGACGUGCCGGGCAUCUUCCGCACGCCAACGGAAGGCGUCACGACCAAGGAAGAUAUGGUCAUGGUCAGGAAUAUGGUGCGGUGGUACAUCCAGGACAGCCGCACAGUCAUCUUGGCUGUGCUCCCCUGCAACAUCGAUAUCUCCAACCAGGAGAUCCUGACCAUGGCGGAGGAGUUCGACCCGAACGGCGAGCGCACGUUAGGCAUCCUGACCAAGCCCGACCUGGUUCCGGAGCAGAGCUCGAAGAUGGCGGUCUGCAAUAUUGUCCGUGGCAAGAAGAAGCAGCUGAGGCUGGGGUACUACGUGGUAAGAAGCCGCGGUGCAGACCAGGGCGAUGGCGACUUUGGGCGCCGGGAGGACAUGUUCAACCAGGCGCCGUGGAACACCCUUCCGCCCGAGAGGGUUGGCGUCCGGGCGCUCAAGGCGCGCCUCGCCGAACUGCUCGGGCACAUCGCUCGGCGAGAGUUCCCGAAACUGCGAAAGGACAUUAACGACAUGCUUCGAGAUGCAGAACGGGAGCGGGACGCGCUUGGUCCGUCCCGAAAGGAUGAGCACGAGCAGCGCCGGUUCUUGAGCGCCAUCGCCGGGAGAUUCCAAGACCGUGUGCGACAAGCGCUCGAGGCACAAUACGCUGGCGAGAACACGUUUGAGAAAUCGAUCCAUUUCCGUCUUGUGACGCAGGUGGUAAACCUCGCCGAUGCUUUCAGUCGGGAAUUCGAAAACAUGGCAGUUCUCCGCAAAUUUGAGACCAGUGAGGAGAAGGAGGAGGAGGAGGAGCAUGUUCCACAAAGCGGCUCGGACACGAACGUUAUUCUGAACUUCGCUCAGGCCAUUGACCCAGAAGACUAUCCCGAACUUGAGAAUAUCAUCAGCCACGAGUUUGACGUCGACGAGCCGAUCGGGGGCAUCAUGAAAUGGAUUGUCGAGCUCUACACACACUCUCGGGGGAUGGAUCUCUGCACAUACAACCCCGCUGUCUGGGCAACUGCAUGGAAGGAGCAGUCGAGCAAGUGGCCGAGCAUGAGCAAGGCGUUCGUGAGCAGAGUCAUCGUGGCCAUCCACCGGUUCAUCAAGGCGGCGCUCGAUGACGCCUGCCUGGAUACCAACGUGCGCGAGGAGCUAUGGUCAACCAUUAUCGACGAGCUGCUGCGGCGAUACGGGGCGGGCAUGGAGGCGGCCGAGUUCCUCGUGUCCGCGGAGCGAGACGCCAAGCCGUACACGCUGGAUUACCACUUUGGCGAGAAUCGACAGCGGUGGCGCGGCGAGCGGAUCGUGGAGCGCCUGCGAAACAUGUGCUUCGGCGACGACAACGGCGUGGACAUGGUGACGGUAGAACAGGUCCGGAACUCCACGGAAAAGAAGGCAAACGCCGAGGACGUGACCGAGAAGAUUCAUGACGACCUAAGCGCGUACUACGGCAUCGCCCAGAAACGGUUUGUCGACAACGUGCUCAACCAGGCGGUCAACUACCGCCUGCUCUUUGGGCCAUCCACGCCACUGGGCGUGUUGAGCCAGGAGUGGGUGAUUGGGCUAGAGCCGGGCCAGCUCGAGACCAUUGCUGGUGAGUCGCCGAGCAUCAAAGAGCAUCGCGAGAGGUUGGCUCGGAAGAUCCAAUGCGCCGCCAUUGUCGCGACGGCAGCACCAAUGUCAGCCCUCCCCAAUGGCGCCGCCAGCACUACAACCACCAAGAUGCCUGCCGCCAAUAGCAGCAGCAGCAGCAGCAGCAUCCCAUCCCAUUCCCACCCUUCCACCAUAACUACAUCCGCAACCAUGGCCACAACCGUCCCCUCCACGAAACAACCCUCCAAAAAAGACACCGACCCCUCCGCCGCCCUCCGCAACGCCACAACCCCCUCCGAGAUCCGCACCGCCCUCGCGGCCCUGCACGCGCGCGAAGCCGGCCUGACCACCCAACUAACGGGCCUCAUCUCAACACACUCCGACCUGACACGGUCACUCUCGCGACUGGACAACCUGCGGGCGGGGCUGGGGGCGCAGGUGCUGACGGCGCGGGGCAUCUCCAACGCGAUGCUGGCGUCGGCGUCGGACACGGCGGCGCGGCUGUCGGGCCGCGUGCGCACGCUCGACCUCGAGAAGCAGCGCGUCGAGGACACCCUGCGCGUCGUCGAGCUGGUCGCCGAGCUCAAGGCCUGCGUCGCCGGGGUCGUGGGCAGCAUGGGUGCGCCCCAGGACUGGGAGGCUGCGGCCGGUUACAUCAGCCGCGCCGCCCGCGUGCCCGAUGAUAUCGUGCGCGGUGGGUUUGCGGCGGCUGUUGUGCCGACUGUUGAGGUCCCCGACCCGCCGUGGGUGACGCUCGAGCAGGCGAGGGAGAGUCUGUGUAGUUUGUUCUUGAGGGAGUUCAAGAAGGCUGCUACGGAUGGGGAUGCCGCUAAGGUGACGCGCUUCUUUAAGCUGUUUCCCCUGAUUGGGAGGGGGGAUGUCGGGUUGGAUGUGUACGGGCAGUUUGUCUGCCAGGGUGUGGCGGGCGAGGCGAGAGCUUCGUUGAAGGAGGGCACCUCUCCUGGGGGCGCUCGGGGCGGGAAGGACGGCGUGUUCUUCGCCAACGCCCUGACGAGGCUCUUCGAUCACAUUGCCCGUAUCGUGGAAGCCCAUGGCGGGCUUGUGGAGAGGCAUUAUGGGAUGGGAAAAAUGGUCAGGGUCAUUGAGAGGCUUCAGAUGGAGGCUGAUGUCCAGGGCGGUAUUAUUCUGGACUCGUGGAGCGACGACCGGACGGUGGACCGGCGGCUGACAGACGUCAAGAGCUACCCCUUUUCCUUCUUGGUGCAGAGCUUCUUACCGCAACAACGAGGUUUUGGAGGGACGCCGCGGGUGAACUCGCCCGCGCUUGGCGCUCAGACCAACGAUGUGCGUAACAGCGAGGAUGAAGGCGUCAAUAUGAGAGAAGUGGACGGGUUGUUGGUGGAGAUUGCCGCGAUGCUCGAGAAGUGGUCGGUUUACUCACGGUUCCUGGCUGGAAAGUGCACGGAACCUGGUACGGCUGACGACGCACCACUCGCCGUGCCCGACGUCCUCGUCAAGUCUAACCUGAGCCGCAAGGUAUCAGGGAAGCUCGUGGCCCCGUAUAACGUACUAACAAACUUUUUCUUCCGGCGGUCCGUCGAGAAGGCGUUCCAACUAGACGAGUCCCCAGCCGGGUUGUCCUUGAACAUGAGCAGGCCAAUAGACAGCAACCCCCCAUUCAUCAUCUCGGCCGUCGACGUCGUCAUGUACAUCGUCAACACCGUCAUCCGCAGGUCCAUCUCAACCUCUCAACCAGGCGUCAUCGACUCCGUCAUCCCAACAAUAUCCAGCCUUCUCGGCUCCGACUUCGUCGGCAUGAUCCAGCGCAAGAUGCGCGACGAAUCUUAUCCACAAUCCUCCGUGCCCGGGAACCUUCCACCCGAGAGCAUCAUCGUCUCCUUCAUCGUCCUCAUCAACAGCCUCGACAUGGCCAACGACUACCUCGCCCGCAUCGUCUCCAACUUCCUCAAACCCGCAGACCAACAACAGCACCCCAACGGGGCACCGCACACCAAGCCACUCCAGGACGCGUUCCCCUUCCACAACGACGCCGCCAACGUCGCCACACGCCUCACCAAACUCAACGCCUCCUUCACCGCCAAGACCACGGAGCUGCUAACCGAAGGGGUCAAGGCGCUCUUCAGCCAGGUGAUCAAGCCGCGGCUGCGGCCGGUGCUGUCGGACGCGUUCCGGGACGCCGACUACACGCUGGGGGGCGAGGAGGAGCUGGCGGAGCUCGCCGCGCAGGGCGACCAGACCGAGGACGAGCUGCUGGAGCAGGUGCCGCGCGCCUUCGAGCACGGCUGGGACGCCCUCAUGCGGCCCGUCGCCCGCCUCAUGACCCCGCGCACCCACGCCGCCCUGCUCGACCUCACCGCCGACUACCUCGCCCGCGUGCUCGAGAAGCGCGUCUGGAGCUACGCCGGGGGGCGCACCAGCCCCUAUGGGGCUAUUCGCAUGGAGCGCGAUUUUAGUGGGGUGUUGAUGGUGGCCAAUAUGGAGGACGAGGAGUGGGAGGAGCUGGUCGGGGAGGAGGGCCAGGACGGGGAGAUGGAGUGGGUGCUGAGUGAGGAGGAGAGGAGGCGUGCGAGAAGUAUCGUCAAGACUUAA